ACUGGCAUUGGAUUCAUUUAGCGCUAGACCGUCCGGAAAGUGUGCCAGACGCCCGAUUCGUCGUUUGGUUCUUAAAUCGAUUGGUAGCUGCUCGGUGGUGCUUCCUGUUGUUUUUUGUAUGCGGAUUUUCUUUAUCUCGUUGGGAGUUUUUUUUAUUUUCUGUCCCUCCGUCUUUGGUUUUAACCCCCCCGAGAAAAUGUCCGCAGAGGAGCUGAAGCUGGCCGACGAGCUGUUCGAUGAUGCCAAGUACCAGGACACGGUUUAUUUUCUGGAAAAGUUGAGCGAUAAGAAUUCGGUCGAAGUUCAGUGGCGAUUUGCUCGGGCGGUGUUUUUCGUGUCCAAGCAGAUUCAGGACGGAGACCAGAAGGAAAAAUUGGUGCGGGAAGCUUUCGACUACGCGUGUAAGGCCCUGGAGCUGGAUGAUGCCAACUUUGGGGCCAAUAAGUGGUACGGAGCGAUUCUGUCGGAGAAGAGCAAUUUCGAUGGAAUGACGGAGCGAAUCAAGCAGUUGGAUAACGUGAAGAAGCACUUCUCGAAGGCGAAGGAUGCUAAUCCGGAAGAUCCGGGAAUCUGGCACAUGCUGGGUCAGUUCAACUUUAAGCUGUCCGAAGUCAACUGGGUCACCCGGAAGUUGAUCAACUCGAUCGCCCCCAAUCCACCAACGGCCUCGUACGAGGAAGCGCUGGAAUGUUUCGAGAAGGCCGAAAAUAUGAAACCUGGGUUCUACAGUCAGAAUCAACUCUUCCUGGGCAAGACCUAUCUGGCGCUGAAGCAGAAAGACAAGGCCCGGGAGUGGUUCCAGAAGGCAUCCGAGGUUGAGGUUCGCAGCGAAGACGAUCGCGUGUGCCGCCAGGAAGCUAGCGAAGCGUUGAAGAAGCUGUAAUUUUCCUUUUUAGAUGGGCGAUAAUCGUUGGAAGUUUCGUUGUAAAAGCGCGCGCGCGCGCGAUCGGGUGGAAAAGUGCGAAGAUUAAUUUUUUAGUCGCUCGCUUGUUCUAGCGUAGUGUAGCUUUAAGGUUUUUUCUAAACAACAGUGAUACUGUCUUUCCAAAGAGUAGUGGAGGAGCCGCCGUUUUUUUAAUCUGCUUGUUUUUUUUUCGUUCAAUUCAUGUAGUGGUUAAGGGUCGGGUGUGCACCAAAGUGCUUCAGCUGAAAUUGCCAUCACUAAUUAGCUAGUCAAGAAGAUUGCCUGAUACCUAAUGCGAUGACGACUGCUGUCUAAUAAUGGAUUACCGGUGUGCCGGUUAGUGAUCUUCACUUUCCUUAACACUCGGAUAGAUUUCAGCGGAAUCAGCUGCUGGGAUGGUCGAUUCAAACAAAUCAGUGGUGGCAAAGUGUAAACAGCUAUACCUAUGUUAGGCUUCAUACCAUUAUUAACUAUAGUCAUGUAACUAGCGUGGAUUAGCUCGGCAGGAAAUAAUUUAGCUGGAUCGGGAUGUGCUACAAUUAAGUUGCAGGUUGCAGGAGUCAUUGUUGCCAUAAAAUAAUACCUACAUGCGGAAAUAUACAUUUUAAUUCAGAGAUUAAA